UCGAUUCGAUCGUCAGUUCUGAGCAAUCCGUCCAUCGAUACAGACGUGUUCUCUUCCUCGUUUCGAACACUGGGGAGAACGGGCAUCCUUAGGGAACUUUGCAAAAAUUGCAUUCUGCGAUAGUCGAUCUAUAGGGAGAUCAUCAGUUUUAAGGAAGGAAGUAAUUGUGGGGUUUUGCUUGUGAUCAAUAUUCGGCAGCGGAAAUUCCAACCAGUUUGUUGAAGAGUGUGGGAACCAAGUGUGGAACCAAUAACCGAGAAACGAUUUCUCAUCAUAAGUACUUUGAAGCACGGCGCGAUUCGCCAGUUAGGAGGAAGGAAUACGCAUUGGGUGAAGGUGUGAAGAAAGAGUUAAAAGAAAGUAGUUGAAAAACAAAACACAAGACGAACGACGACGAUCGGUCCUGUGUUGGAGUUGGAAAGGAGCACCAGAAACUGUUAUGUGUGAUUAAUUCAGCCGCGAGUUUAUUUUUCGGGGCGGAAAGUGUGUGUGUGCCGUGCCGUGCCGCACCACCAGCAGGCCAAGUGUUUGGAAUUUUUGGCUAAGCUCGGACACUAGUGAUUUCUAUAUGGGUGUACUGAACGUGAUCGGUUCCGGUGCCGGUGCAGCAGUCGAGUGCCAGUCGAAUUGCAAGAAGAACGAAAAUAUCUUCUCACCGAUCAAGAACAAGAUGAAAGUGCUCAAGAAGAUCAAGAAAAGGAUGGGACUAGCUCCUCGCAGCGCAUCGUCCUGUCCCGGGCCCAACAAUUUACCCCCGCUGCAGUUUCACAGCGUACACGGAGACAACAUUAGAAUUUCGCGCGACGGAUCCGUAGCUCGCCGGUACGAGUCCUUCUGCAAAGGCAUCGCGUUCAGUGCGCGGCCGGUCCGCGUAAACGAACGCGUAUGCGUCAAGUUCCUCGACAUAUCCAACAACUGGAGUGGCGUGAUCCGGUUUGGAUUCACCUGCAACGACCCAGCCACACUGCGUGGCAAUCUGCCAAAAUAUGCCUGCCCUGAUCUGACCAACAAACCUGGAUUCUGGGCGAAGGCCCUAAACGAACGCUACUGCUACCGCAAUAACGUUCUUUUCUACUACGUAACACCGUCUGGCGAUGUGCACUUUGGCAUCAAUGGCGAAGAGAAGGGAGUUUUUAUUACCGACGUCGAUGCACGCGGUCCCUUGUGGGCUGUGAUUGAUGUGUACGGAAAUUCUACGGCAAUUGAGUUCCUAGAUUCGCGCAUUUACAUGUUCCAAGCACAGCAGCAACAGCAACAACAACAGCAGCAACAACAACAUCAUCACCAUCAUCAUUCACAACCUGCGCAGAGCCAAUCCUGUGGACGCCGCUCUGCCGAUCAGGAAAUCGUACCUCAGCUGGAAUCACUCAGUAUCAAUCAGCAUAAUCAGCAGCUUUUGGAAGAGCGACCGACACCCGCUGCCAUCAUCAGUCCAGCGGCUAGUAUGCGCUAUAACAGCCCUGUGCCUGGUCUGCUGCCGCUCCCGUUCCAUCCGGUGCGUGGGCGAAACGUGAAAUUUUCCGCCGAUCGAUCCAUCGCAACCCGAGUCGAAUCGGAAUUCUGUCAAGGUUACGUUUUCACUCCCCGUCCAAUCAAGAUAGGCGAACGGCUAAUCAUUCAGAUCCUCAAGACCGACACAAUGUUCGUCGGUUCAUUGGCCCUAGGGCUGACCUCCUGUGAUCCAGCUACGCUGCAGCUGUCGGACUUGCCGGACGAUUCCGAUUUGCUUCUAGACCGACCGGAGUAUUGGGUUGUUAGUAAGGACGUUGCAUCCACGCUAGUCCGCGGCGAUGAGCUUUGCUUUUCGAUUUCGGUCAACGGUGAAGUUUCCGUCAGCAAAAAUGGUGGACCCCAAUCGGUGAUUAUGCACAUCGAUCAAAGCCUGCAGCUGUGGGCCUUCCUCGAUGUCUACGGUUCCACACAAAGCGUUCGUCUGUUUACACACGCAAUCCCUGCUACAAUUGCGACAGCAUCCUGCUCCGCCCUCUACGAUCCUCGUCCGAUUGCAGCCUCUGCUAGUCAGCGCAGCCUUCAAAUUCAGUCAUCAGCUGCUGCACAACCCCAGCCGACUGCUUCACUGCGGUCGGAUAUGAUUCAAAUCAAUCCGGGUGGUACGGUCUUGGUUGUCAAUCUACCGCCAACAGAAGUGAUCUCACCAGCCUCAUCACAACCAUCGGUUCAGCAAGCUCAGGCUACCAUCGUGAGUCGUGGCUUGCCGAACUCAGCAUCAACGCUUUCUGUUCCUUUAUCAACGCUCUCACUAUCCUCGCACACAAGUUCCACUGGCACCAGCGAAAUUGUUCCGGCUUAUAAUUUCAGUGAGCCUCUUCCCGCAUACAACAAUGCAACCAAUUACAACACCUUGGCUGCUGGUGUCGGUUCAGCUAGCUGUGGGGGUGGCAGUAGCAGCAGCUGUGCCACUACCCUGACAACGGCUGGGAAUGGUGCCCCGAUCUACAGCUCUACCGGUGUGGAUUGCACGAUCUGUUUCGAAAAACCGAUCGAUUCGGUGCUGUACAUGUGCGGCCAUAUGUGCAUGUGCUACGAUUGCGCGAUUAAGCAAUGGCGAGGCAUCGGCGGUGGCCACUGUCCACUGUGUCGUGCCGUUAUACGGGACGUGAUUCGCACCUACAAGUCCUAAGCACCGAUCGAUAUCUGGUCACGAUACCAAAUGGAAGCAAAUUGAAAUGUGAUUUUUAUUCCAAAAACAAACGAAACACGAAAAAAAAGAUAUAUGCGAGGGCAGUGAAACUUGAAGAAGGAAAGCAAACUUUCGGAAACGUUCUGGUCAAAAUUAUACACUUAUAUUUUAUGCGAGUAAACUAUACAGUAGUCAAAAUUUCUUAUGGUUGAUGAAGGGACAGAGAGAGUAAAUGCUAAUCACAAAAUUGUUGGUUGUUGGUUUGCGUUUCGCAAGACCAUCGAAUUGUUUAAAAAAAAAAAAAAAAGAAAACGGUCAGUUUAGUUGCGUUUACUGUCGGAGUCGUUGACGAAUACAUUAUCUAGUGAGUAAGUUUGUAGGACAAAGUUGCUGAUCAACAAAGCAAAAAAGUAAAAAAAAAAAAAAACAAGAAAGUAAAUUUUGCUUAUAGUCUUGAACACGACAGUGAGGAAAUUGCCAAAUACAAUGCAUCACUUCCAAAUGAAACUUGAGAGAGUGCCGAAGGAAUGGAAAAGAUUUACUAAAGGAAUGCACCUACGAUAAUAUUUAUGUUUAAUCCUGAUAAUUUUACGGUAUUUCCAGUUGUCGCACAUUCGAUGGUUGUGUUCAUCCUGAGCAACAUUCUAUUUAAUAAAAACUUUUACUAUCUAGUCAAAAAGAAAAAACAAACAAAACUUCAAUAUAUAUCGAAAUGAGCGAUCACCCCAAAGGAAGACAUAGACAUAGUAAGAAACCUUAUUUUUCUCGCAAUGGACUACUUCUAAAUAAUUAUAUUGCGUCCUAUUUUCCUGAUUUCUACUUAAUCCAUAGAAAAGCUACACUCUACUAGCAUGAUUGAAAAUAUUACAUACCCACACUUAUCCGGUCAGUAGCGGAAACGAUAGGCAGUGUAGAACAUUAUUAUCGAUAUAUGCCACGUCUCGAAAGGGUCACGAUUUGAAGCAUUACUAGCUGUAAGGUCAAGAAAAUCCAAUGAACACUACUUAUUAUUAGAAAGAAAACAGAUAGUUGACACAUUUAUUAAUUUAUUGUUAUCUAAGCCAACAACAUAUUUUUAAAGUUAGCUAAUUUAACGGAAAAAAUACAAACUCCUUGUGCUAAAAUUGAA